GAUGAAGCUCAUCAUCCAUUGAAAGAGCUGAACAAAUUUGGUCUCACUCAAAAUGUAACGACGCUUCUUGCUUGGAGUUCAUUGGAGGCAGCUCGUUACGUUGAGUGCUUCAAGGCGCUGGUCAAUAAACCGCCUGAGGAGCUCCAGUCGGAAGCCGCAACUGCGUCAAUUCAGAAAGACCAUUUGACCCUUGCGACAGAUUUAUUGACCUCACUUCGGGUCGUCUCACGGACCGAUGCUAUCACGUUACUUUCACGAUUUGGGAAUGAUGUUAUUGCAGAGGCAAAUCCGAAAUUGGGUCUGCGGUGA